CGGACUACAGCUCCCGCCGUGCCCCGCGCGGCUGCGCUCGGAGCGGACGCGGAGCAGCAGGACCCGUCCCCGCCGCCCCCCCGCCCCGCCCCGGCCGCUGCGCUUACGCCAGUCCCCGGCUUCGCUCGCGGCCUACCCCGGCUCCUCGGCAUGGCGCGGCCGCUCGUGCCCAGCUCGCAGAAGGCGCUGCUGCUGGAGCUCAAAGGGCUGCAGGAGGAGCCCGUGGAGGGGUUCCGGGUCAACCUAGUGGACGAGGGGGAUCUCUACAACUGGGAGGUGGCCAUCUUCGGCCCCCCGAACACCUACUAUGAGGGCGGGUACUUCAAGGCUCGUCUCCGGUUUCCCAUCGACUACCCCUAUUCUCCUCCUGCCUUUAGGUUCUUAACCAAAAUGUGGCACCCCAAUAUCUACGAGACCGGCGAUGUCUGCAUCUCCAUCCUCCACCCACCGGUGGACGACCCGCAGAGCGGGGAGCUGCCAUCGGAGCGGUGGAACCCCACCCAGAACGUGCGGACCAUUCUCCUGAGUGUGAUCUCGCUGCUGAAUGAACCCAACACAUUUUCUCCAGCUAAUGUGGACGCCUCCGUGAUGUACCGCAAGUGGAAGGAAAGCAAAGGGAAGGACCGGGAAUACACAGACAUCAUCAGGAAGCAAGUCUUGGGCACAAAGGUGGAUGCUGAGCGGGAUGGUGUGAAGGUCCCCACCACACUGGCAGAGUAUUGUGUGAAGACCAAGACUCCAGCCCCAGAUGAGGGAUCAGACCUCUUCUAUGAUGACUAUUAUGAGGAUGAUGAGAUGGAGGAGGAAGCAGACAGCUGUUAUGGUGAUGAGGAUGACUCUGGCAAUGAGGAAUCUUGAUGGCUCUCUGGCAUUGCAAAACUCACUAUAAACUACUGAAUUUUACCUCAACUAGGACAAACUGGUUUGAAUUUAGGAUCUGUCAGCCCUGAAAUUAACUCUCUACCUCGCGGGGAGACUGUUCUGCUGUUACAAAGGAAAUCCCACCACUGUCUUUGUAGAAAAAGCAAAAAACAAGAACAAACUCUAUUUUAUAAACUUCCUGGGUCGGGGGGCGGGUGGGGAAGGGGCAAGUCGCGUUGGGGUGCUCAUGAAUCCACAGAAACCAGGGAGCUGGUGGCUCUGGCUGGAUGAGGAGUGACGGAAAAGCUGGGUGAUGGCUGCCCGUUGUUUGGGCACGUUGAACUCCUUCAGCCCCACAUGGGAGGAGCGGCUUGGGGAGGCUGUGGAGCCCGUGAGUGGUCGCUUUGGGUGGGAAGCGUGUGAGCGUUGUGUGGCUUUCUGCAGCCUUUGUGGUGUUGGAGCAGGAAGGGCUGCAGGGUGAGCACCUCAGCCCCCGGUGUGGCCAUCCUGCCUGGCUCGGGGCCAUCUCCGGUGGGAUCCUCCUGCUGCCUCCCCCGUGGUGCUGGGACACGGGGCAGGACGUGUGCAGCAGCUGCCGGGCACUGCAGGGCACGAGGGUGGGCUGUUUGUAGUUUUUAACUAGCUGGGAGUGAUGGGGUAGCUCUGAGUCUUUCUGCUUCUGUUUUUUUUUUUGGAAACUAUUUAAUAAAGUACUUCAAGGGAA